AGCGACGCUCCUAGUGUCGCCAUGGUGACGGGGUUGUGCUCGGGGAGGCUGUGAUGGGUUGACAGGUGCGUGACAAUCGGAGCUCUCUGCAAGCAUGUACGCCAAAGGCAAGAGUAACAACGUACCGUCCGACAGCCAAGCCAGGGAAAAGUUAGCGCUCUACGUGUACGAAUACCUGCUGCAUGUAGGAGCUCAGAAGUCUGCACAGACCUUCCUGUCGGAGAUCCGAUGGGAGAAGAACAUCACAUUAGGAGAACCUCCAGGGUUCCUGCAUUCGUGGUGGUGUGUAUUCUGGGACCUGUACUGUGCAGCACCCGAGAGGAGAGAGACAUGUGAGCACUCCAGCGAAGCCAAGGCCUUCCACGACUACAGCGCGGCGGCGGCUCCCAGCCCGGUCCUCGGGAACAUCCCUCCAGGAGACGGGAUGCCAGUGGGGCCCGUCCCCCCGGGAUUCUUCCAGCCUUUCAUGUCUCCUCGUUACCCUGGCGGCCCCAGACCUCCCCUCAGAAUACCCAAUCAGGCGCUUGGGGGAGUCCCAGGAAACCAGCCGUUACUGCCCAGUGGAAUGGACCCCACAAGACAGCAAGGCCAUCCAGGCAUGGGCGGGGCUAUGCAACGGAUGACCCCCCCAAGGGGGAUGGUCCCACUUGGGCCACAGGGAUACGGAGGGGGAAUGAGGCCCCCCAUCAAUGCGCUAGGUGGCCCAGGAAUGCCCGGAAUGAACAUGGGCCCCGGAGGUCGACCCUGGCCAAACCCUCCGAACGCCAACUCGAUCCCAUACUCUUCAGCGUCUCCGGGCAGCUAUGUGGGUCCACCUGGAGGAGGGGGUCCCCCAGGAACUCCCAUAAUGCCCAGCCCAGCAGAUUCCACAAACUCCGGGGAGAACAUGUACACUAUGAUCAAUGCAGUGCCUCCGGGAGCUAACCGAUCAAACUUCCCCAUGGGCCCAGGAGCGGACGCCCCCAUGGGGGGUAUGCCUGGAAUGGAGCCGCACCACAUGAACGGGUCACUAGGAUCUGGUGACAUGGACAGUCUGCCCAAGAACUCUCCCGGCAACAUGAGCAUGAGCAACCAGCCCGGAACCCCCCGAGAUGAUGGAGAGAUGGGCGGGAACUUCCUCAACCCCUUUCAGAAUGAAAGCUACUCUCCAAACAUGACCAUGAGCGUGUGACGCCUUGUGGGGACGUCCAGUGGAGUGUACAGUACAGUUGAAACAUGGAACUCGCUACAUCCUGCUGUGUCUAGCCUUCAUCAGCUCUCUGAAGCCUUUCUGCACUCCCUUUGGUUUCAUCUUAUCCUCAUUUUACAUACAGCCCUUAAAGACUGAGAGACUGACCCUGAUUUUAACGAUCACCCAGAGGAAAAAUCAAAACAAAAAAAAAAGACUUAAAAAAGGCCACAGUUUAUCUAUAUAUUUAUAUAUUUGUGUAUAUAUGUGGGUGUGCAAUCAGAUACAUGUGCAUGUAUAUACAAAUAGAGAUGUAUUCCUUGAUCCUGCUUUGGACCGAGAAAAAAAAAAAAAAAACUCAAAAGAAAACAAAUAUGAGGAUGGAUUAUUUUAUGUUUCUGCGUUUUGUUUUCCAUUGUUAAAAAACUUUGUUUUCUACGUUUUAAAUUUAUUUUUCUGAUUUGCUUUUACUGGUAAGAAAUUAUUCUUUUUUUCUUGUUUCUCUUUUGUUUUCUUUUUUUGUUUUUUCUUGCUGCAAGUAGAGGAAGUAGACCUAGAUACGAUAGUGUCCCUCACUGACCGACCUGCCCAUUGACUGACUGACCAUGCUGUUCACUGACUGGCUGACUGACCUACUCACUGACAAACUGACUCGCUCUCUCACUGACUGAUCUACUCACUCCCUGAGCAGCUGCUGCAGUAGCAGUGCAUUUCAGCUAGAGGUCAGCAAAGUCAUCACAGCCAUUUGGACCUGUUCAGUCCCUGCUUAGGAAGAGGAGCUUCUCGUGUGUGCGAGAUGCAGGCGUCCCCUUAUGGGGAGAGAAGAGAGCCAAUGAAAAUGAUGACCUGGGGGUGGGUCACCAUGCGAAGAAAUCCCUGCGCCCCAGAAACGGAAACCCCUCAGAUUAGCUCGGACAAUCCCGGUACAGUCUCAAAAACCCAGACAUCUGAAGUGAUAUCUCACAAUGGAGUUGCAUCUUCUGGUGAACUGUCUGCGCAUUUCUCUGUUAUGCUUAUAAAUUGUAGACGUAAACAGUGAAUUGGAUUCAGUUAAAGCUAGGGUUUUGUUUUUAACUGUACUUGUGUUUGUUUAGAGCAUGCAAACUGGAAGCGUGUAUAAUGGUCCCACGAGCAGCAGUGUAGUCUCGGCAACAGUUGCCGUGUGCGCUGCGCCAGUGUAAUCGUGACGGCAUCCAGCGUCGCUGCUCUUGGAUACCCAGAGUUCCCAGGAUACGCUACGGUGGCCUGUUAGGGGCAUUUAUUCAGCGCCAGCAUGUUGGCCCUCCUCUCCAUAACAGGUCAAAGCCUCGUGAGCAGGCCUGAAUCAAGGCUUAGAUCAAGCCCUCCAUCUGCCGUGCACUCUCAACUGUAGAGAAGUAUGCAAAAUGCCAUAGGUCCCUGAAAAAAAAAAACAUUGUGCAGGAGAGGUGAAUACACAAUAGGAUUACACAAGCGUGAGGCAUUGGUGGUAAUGCUAUUUUCUAAGAGGUGGGGAAGAACUGCAGUACAGUGCUCAUUCUGUCUAAUAGAGGUGAAUAAGCAAGCGGGGAGGGCCCAUUGGCUUCGGUAGAUUGGAAUGGCUAAUCUCUGAUUGAUAUCAUCUGAUGAGUACCGAUACUGUUCCUUACCGAGUCAGCUUCCUUAUCAAGUGGAUCCAUACCUAAUCUGAAAGGUGUACCCGUACGACACCACCAUAAUGUAAUUCCUUGAAUCCUCUCACCGUAUGAAAACCUUGCCUGAAAUGUAGUAUAAAUGUGCACCCGUACCAUUCGCUAGUGAGACAUUUUGAGUAAUUCGGACCUGUACCAAUGUGUUUUUCCUGUUUUUCUUUCGUUAUUUGUUUCAACUUGCAUAUGGAGCACUGUUUGCAUAAGCUUCACUCCUCUCGUUGCUUGGAUUCGCAUGAGAUUUACAGUUGCAGUCGCAUCUAUUCAAAGUUUCAACACGUAAUGACUUAUGACAUAACAUGCAUAGAAACACAUUGUACCACAAUAGCAGAAGUUACAUACUGAAGAGACCAUUGGGGGUUAAAAGUGCGUUCUUUGCAUUCCAUUUUUAUUUCAGCAUGAAAUGAGCCACAUCCUUAAUAAAUUGGAAAGAAGUAAUGGCCACUUAUUGGGAAUUUUGUACCUAACCUUAUUUUAGUUUAUAGGACGCAUGACAAUCGCGUUAAGUCUCUUUUCUCCAAAUACCGACUUAUAGACAUGACUUCAUUUUUCACUGACAUUUUUUAACAUGAUGCUUUGAGGUAAUUUAUUGUGUUCUGGAUAGCUCGUGCUCAUGGUAUACUGUAACAUAUUAACAGAUAAUAGCUGUGGCAAUUACAUAAUGCUACAGCGCCGUAUCUACUAUUUCAUGCUACAGCUACCACAGAGGAGAAGGGUAUGAUGAGAUAUUUGUUCUAGGAUUACAAUUCAUUCUUGUUUAGUCAAUCUCUUUAUUUAUGGUUGUCAUCCGGACAAACUGUGAUUUCUGUACUUUUCAUUUUCUUUGAAGUAAAUAAUUAAAAAAUAUAUUCAAUUCUGUUUCUUACCGUAAACCACUGCCCAUUGUUAUUACAAUGAUUAUUGUUAUUAUGAUUACUUACUAUUCUGGAAAAGGUCGAGUUUUGUGAAUUGUAUUGUCUUCUUCGAUCUUUUUAUGCAGCAAAGUGUAAUUUUAUAGCUUGAAAUUCCAAUUCAUCUGUGUUGUUGUGAAUUAUUUAAGAAAUAUCUAAAAAAAAAAAUACAGGAGGGAUGUCAACUUUUCUAGCAUUACUACCAUUGUAAUUGUAUCUACCAUUUUUUUAUGUCAAAUUUUGCUGUUGGAAUUAUGAGGGAGAUUUUGUAAAUUGAAGACUUGCCACUUUUUCAGUUUUAGUUGUUUUAGUUUUUUUCAUUUUCAUUUGUGAUGUGAUUAUUUUUUUACCUUGAGUUGAGUUUUGUAAAUACACUGAGAAGUACAAUAUGGGUUUUGGAUAUACUGAUAUAAAGCUUCUCUCCCCUCUUAAAAAAA